GUGAAUUCACGGAGAGUUGGUCUCUGUGAGCAACUGCUGAACUCGCAAAGCAUUGGUCUUUACCAGGGACUCCUAAACUCGCAGAACAUUGGUUUCUGCCAGGGAGUCCUGAAUUUCGUUUGAAGAAUGGCUUCUGGAUUCCCGAGAAAGACACCAACACCUCGUCUUUUGCUCAGGGACAGACUGAAGCCUACAAAUGUGCUUCCCUCUAAGUUCCAGAGGGAGAAGUUUCUCAACACAAAGCAGGAGGCCAGCACUGGGAGUUUUCUGCCCAGAAUUGGCCCAUGGAUAGACCUGAGUGAGACUGGUCCAAAGCUGUCACCACCUUCCCCGAAGCAGAGCUUGUUUGAGGUUUCCCCACCAGAGAUGGUAUUUCAGAACUUCGUCGCUCAUGAGGUCUCUGAAAUGGUGCUGUCUGUCAUGAAUAAGGACAAGAUUGCUCGGAUGGUGAAGGUGUGCAUGGAGAGCUGCCCUUAUUUCGAGCUGGCGUGCCCCAGUGAUGUGUACCACAUCGUGCCACCAGGCGGCUCUGCCCGUGUGCGCAUCCGCUUCACCCCCGGCGAGAACAAGGAUUAUUCCCAUGAGCUCGUCUGCCUCACUGCAAAGGAAAAGAUCAUUGUGCCAAUUCGGGCCAUUGGUGCCCGAGCCAUCCUGGACUUCCCUGACCAGCUGGACUUCUCCGUGUGUCCAGUCAAGUCCAGCAGCCAGAAGACUCUGCUGGUUCACAAUGCCGGUAACCGGGAAGCUCAUUUCCAGCUGAGCACCCAGAGUCCUUUCUCCGUGGUGCCAGCCACAGGAACUCUGGGCGCUGGUGACACCAUGCAGGUGACAGUGGGAUUUCACGCGCUGACCAACGGUGACCAUUUCGGGUCCCUGUGCUGCAACACAGGUGAAGAAAUUUUCCACACAAAGCUCCACGGAGAGGCUGUAGAUCUCAAUGUUGUGUUGAGCACGAGUUCUGUGGAGGUUGACAAGACUUUCAUCACCAUGUCAAGCCACAGGACCCUGUUAAUUGAAAACAGGAGUAACAUCACAGCCCACUUCCAGUGGAAGGCUUUUCCUACAGAGGAAGAAGACAAUGAAGAGAAGAGGAGGCAGUGUCGUUUGCUGCGGCUGCCAAAAGAGGUGUGGCAGGAAAACUUAAUGGAGGAGAAAGAAAUAGAGAAGGUGAAGGGCUCUUGUGAAGAUCGCACUGCCCGCCUGAGCAGCAUGGUCCAGGAGAAGAUGGCAAAGGUGCAAGAAGACCCCAUGCUGUUCUCCAAUGACUUUUUUUUCAUUGAGCCAAUGGAGGGAGAAAUCGGGCCGCAUUGUUCGGCUGAAAUCAAGGUGACCUUCAAACCCCUGGAGGCACUGGAGUAUCGAAGUGUGGCUUACUGCAGCAUCUCAGGCCGUGAGACCAGGCUGCCCCUGCACCUCAGAGGGGAAGGCCAAGGACCCUUGGUUGAACUCAGCUCUCAAACACUGAACCUUGGGAACAUUUUUGUCAACACCUCCCACGUCUGCGAGGUGAAACUGAUUAACCAAGGAGCUAUUGAUGCUCCCUUCACCUAUAUCCCUUCAACCACAGACAUGGGCUUCUGCUUCAAGUUUGCACCCGAGGAGGGCAUCAUUGCACCAGGUGGGACCCAGACUGUUCAGAUCUCCUUCAGUGCCCCCGUGUCUGGGUGGUUUGAGGAAGAAUUCCAGUUCAGUGUGGCUGGAUCUCCUACACCUGUGAUCCUCACCAUCAAGGGCUGUGUCACUGGACCCAGUUUACACUUCGACCUCCCUGAGCUCGACUUCGGGGACAUCUCCUUUGGCUUUCCCUACACGCAGAGCUGUCGCCUCACUAACACCUCCGUGGUGCCCGUGACGUUCAAGCUCCGCAUGUCGGACGAUGGCACGCAGCCGGCUGUUAGCAGCUUUGAUCAAAUACGCAACGACAGAGACCCAGCCUGGAGGAAGGGAAUUCAUUUUUAUGUGGAGCCCAGGGAGUUUACAGUGAAUCCCAGCCAAGGGACCAUCCUCCCCCAGGGACACCAGGAUAUCGAGGUGACCCUGUGUUCCAACACUGUGACGAAAUUCUACCGGAAAAUGCUGGUGGACCUGGAGGGUAUUGGCGAGGGAGUGGCAUCACUGAUCAUCUCAGCCAGAUGUCUCGUUCCUGAGCUGCAAGUGUACCUCAAAGUCCUGGCCUACGAUGAGUGCUACCUGAAGGUGCCGUAUGAGAAGAAACUCAUCAUUGGGAAUCCCAGCCACCUUCCUGGCUGCUACGGGCUUAUUCCCCAGGAAUGCAAGGAGGACUCUCCUGUGUUCUACUCCAGCCCCAAACCCUGUGGGAUUGUCCAGCCUCACAGCUCUGCAGAGAUUCCAGUCAUAAUCGAAGUGCAGACAUUGGGCAUGCAUCGCACCAACGUUCUCAUCGGCGUGUUCGGGAAUGAGAGAAACCCCCUGAAAGCAGAAUUACAGAGCUCUGGACGGCUGGCAGAAAUCUACCCAAGUCCAAGGCUAAUAGAGUUUGGCAGGAUCCCAGCUCUACAGCCUACUUCACAAAGCUUUACCCUCUUCAACGAAGGGCUCGUCCCUACAGACUUCAGGAUGGAGAUCGCUUCCAAACCCCACUGCUAUGUUAUUGAACCCAGAGAAGGAGUGAUCCCCGCUAGGGGUGAGGUUCCUGUGACUGUCACAGCAACCCUGGAUGACACGGGGAAUUUUGCUGACACUGUCCAGCUGUUCAUUGGGAACAGCCUUUGGACCACCUUCAGGCUUCAGGCUUUGGGCAUUGGCACCACAAUUGUCACAGACAAACCAUUCGCCCCAGAGCUCAACUUGGGAUACCAAUUCAGCCUCGUUCCCUGUAUUCGUCGGUUCAAAGUAACAAACCGGGGCCAGCGUCACCAUCAGCUCUUCUGGAGUGCGGAAUGCUACAGCCCACCUGAGGAGGAGGGCCAGAGUGUGUCAGCCCUCAGUAGCCCCAAGGAUGAUUCCCAGAGCCCCAAACGUGCCAGCCCCGUGUUUGGGCUGGAGCCACUGUUGAUGGGCCUGCAGCCAGGCCAGUCUGUGGACAUGGUGCUGCGAGGCUUCUCCCACAUCCCACAGGAGGUGCAGGAUUAUGUGUUGUGUGAAGCUGUCAUUGGGACAAGCAGAAUGAAACAGAAGAUAAUAAAAACAACCAUUACCUGCGAGUUUAUUCACCCCUCUAUAGAAGUGUCAGCCAGACAAUUCUCUUUCCGGGUGGACAAGAAACCCAGUGAUGUCCUGAGGCUGCAGUACCAGCCUUUGGCUUUAAAAAACACCUGCCUGCUGCCACUGGACCUCAUGCUGGACUUGGAGCAGCCGUUCCUGAUCUGCAAUGAGGACCAGCAGCCCCUCCCACAUGGCCAGCCCGUGAGAGUGGAUGUAGGGGCGACCUGUCAUCUCUACAUCGCAUUCGACCCAGCUUAUGAACUGGAUUUUAAGAGCUGGAAAAAAGAGAAGGUUCUGAACAUAGACAUGGUCAGGGGCCAUCCUUUUGUGGAGCGUAUCAUCCUUCGGGGAGAAGUGCACUUCCCAAAUCUCAAAAUCCACCCCAGCACCCUGGGGUUUGGCUGCACCUUGCCCGGCAUUAAAGAAGUGCGUUCUCUGAAGAUGACCAACUGCAGCCCACUUCCCGUCCAGUACCACUGGGCAUUCCAUUCCAACAGCCAGGUUUACAGGCUGAGAGAUGAGCUUCACCCACCUAAAUUCAAACCCCAACCACCAAAGGAGAAGAAAACCUGUUUGGAUCGCCCGGCAGCUCUAUGGAGACACUACAAGAUGAGAAAUGAGGACGCAGCCCAAGGCCUGAAAGAAGUGCUGGAUUUUACUCAAUCUUUAGGACCAGAGGUGCCACCACAAAUUCCUGAAAACCCUCACCUCCCACUAGGCUUGGUGGAAUUCAGGGGCUCCAUGGACACUCCAUACAGUCCCCUCGAAGCAGAGAAGGCUUUCAGUAUCCUGCCACUGUCAGGUGUGCUGCAGCCAGGAGAGAGCCAGCAGGUCUCCUUCACCCUCUCUGGCCACCUCAACACCAUCUCCAGUGUCACGGCGCUGUGCCACGUGGAGGGAGGCCCCACCUACGAGGUGCUGCUGACCGGGGAGGUCUCACGUGUCAGCUACUCCCUGAGGCCCCGGGAGAUCAACUGUGGCUUACAGAUGUUUAAUGAAAUUCAUCACAGCAAGAUCACCCUGGGGAACACUGGCAAGAUUGAAUUCAAGUGGGUGCUAAAGCCUAGCCCUGCAGACCAGCAUCUGCCUGGUGUGUUUCUGGUCAAGCCCACCACUGGCUCCAUUGCACCUGGCAAGAAGCAAGUGCUGAAAUUCUCUUACAUGCCGGGAUUCCCAGGAGCCUUCAGCAGAACUUACCAGCUUAAAGUGGGUGACCUGGACCCGGAAAAUAUCUGCCUGAAAGGAGAAGCAUCCUUUCCCAUGAUCAGUGUGAACCUGCCCUGGAACAUCAAAGGAAAUGAAAAAUAUGAGAAGACACUAAAACAGCUCAUAAGACCCCUGAAACAAUACAAUCAGAGGAAUAAACCAGUUGUUUGUAAGAAGACUCAGAGCCUGAAGACCAAGACCUUGAAGUCUCAGACCCCGACAGCUCAGACUGCUAAAAGUCAGACCUUGAAGACUCGGAAUCCCAAGACUCAGGAACUGAAGCCCUGCGUGCUUGACUCUGGCAUUGUAUCAAACACUCAGCUGCAGGUAAAGAUGAUGAGGAUGCUGAUAGAGAAGGCUGCUCUGGAGCUGCAGCAAAAGCUCACAUCCUGUCCCCUGAAGAGCAGCUUCCCUGACAAGGAGCUGUGCCAGGGUCUUGUCAAAGCUGGGAAUAGCCUGGACUCCAGAAAGGGUCUGGUCCCAGUGGCUGUGACUCGCUGCAUGUGA